AUGUCUGCUUCCCCAAAUGCCACGGUCUCCGCCAGACGACCAGAGCACAACCCGUUAAACAUAUUCAAAAAGUGUGCCGCUGAAAGCCGACCAGCGUUUAUCUGUGGCCCGAUGGUCAGAUACUCCAAGCUUCCGUUCAGGGAACUUGUCCGUCACUUCAAGGCUGACAUCGUGUAUACACCUAUGAUUCUCGCCAGAGAGUUUGUUCGUAACGACAUUGCUCGUCUUUCGGACUUUACAACCAACGAAGAUGACCGUUGCGUUAUCGUCCAGGUUGGUGCUAAUAACGAAACAGAUUUACUAAGAUUCGUCGAAAUGAUUCAUCCAUACGUUGAUGCGAUUGGAUUGAACUGUGGCUGUCCGAUCAAAGAACAAGUCAGAGAAGGUAUCGGUGCUGCAUUAAUGACCGAACCGGAAAAGGUGGCAAGAAUGGUCCAGGCGGUUAAGGAAAAGUACGGUUCGAAAGUGUUGAUCGAGACCAAGAUUAGAAUCCACAAGGACUUGAACGAAACGGUUAGAUUUGUCCAGAUGGUUGAAGCUGCCGGUGUGGAUUGGAUUACCGUCCAUGGGAGAACCAAAACCACGAGAUCGUCCCAACCAGCCGACUUCGAAGCUAUCAGGUUGGUAAAAGAAUCGGUCAGCUGUCCAGUCGUCGCCAACGGUGAUUGUUUCUCACUCGCUGAUGCGUAUGAAAUCGGAGAGAAGACUGGAUGUGAUGGUGUGAUGGCCGUAAGAGGUAUCCUUGCCAAUCCCUCUAUGUUCGCCGGUUACGACAAAACUACCUGGGGUGCCGUUGAGGUGUUCUGGGAUUUGGCUUCGGCUUACGGGUUACCGUUCAGGAUUACCCAGCACCAUUUAAGCGUCAUGUUGGAAAAGGUGCUUAAGCGUGAGGUGGUGAAACAAAUGAAUGACACCAAGAGCUUGGUUGAGUUGAUUGAUUGGUUCGAUGAUAACUUUGAGUUAAGAAGACGCGGCGAAGCCAGGUUUGGUGAGUCAGUCGAACCAGCUUGGAGAGUCAGAAGGGAGGAAAUGGCCCGAAUCUAG